AUGAAAGCCAAGCCACUAAGCCAAGAUCCAGGCUCCAAGCGUUACGCAUACCGUAUAAAUAAGGAAGAAAAUCGUAAAGAGUUGAAGCAUGUCAAGAUUGAUGAAAGUUCUUUAGUGCAAGGGGGUCAAAAGAUAGAUUUGCCAAAAAAGAGAUAUUAUCGUCAGAGGGCGCAUUCCAACCCAUUCUCAGAUCACCAGUUAGAGUACCCAGCAUCUCCCCAGAAUAUGGAUUGGUCUAAAUUAUAUCCUUACUACAAAGAUGCAGAAAAUGGUCAAAUGACAAAGAAAGUGACUAUUGCCGAUAUUGGUUGCGGGUUCGGUGGGUUGAUGAUAGAUUUGUCACCAGCCUUCCCUGAAGACCUGAUCUUAGGGAUGGAAAUUCGUGUGCAGGUUACAAACUAUGUGGAGGAUAGAAUUAUUGCUUUGAGGAACAAUACAGCCUCAAAACAUGGAUUUCAAAAUAUUAAUGUCUUGAGAGGUAACGCUAUGAAAUUCUUGCCUAACUUUUUUGAAAAAGGUCAGCUUUCUAAAAUGUUCUUUUGUUUCCCCGAUCCUCAUUUUAAACAAAGAAAACACAAAGCAAGAAUCAUUACUAACACCUUACUAAGUGAAUAUGCAUAUGUUUUGAAGGAGGGUGGUGUCGUGUACACAAUUACCGAUGUUAAAGACUUGCAUGAGUGGAUGGUAAAACAUUUAGAAGAGCAUCCUUUAUUUGAACGGUUGAGCAAAGAAUGGGAAGAAAACGAUGAAUGCGUGAAAAUAAUGAGAAACGCCACAGAGGAAGGUAAAAAAGUGGAAAGGAAAAAGGGUGACAAGUUUGUCGCUUGUUUCACAAGAUUAUCAACACCAACCAUAUUGUAA